UACGAGGAGGCAGAAAAUACAGCCCCUUCCGUCCGACGACUACUUGAACUGGGUGCCGUACUGGUAGGCAAAACGAAAUGCACCCAGUUUGCAUCGAGUGAUCAGCCUACGGCGGAUUGGGUUGAUUACCAUUGCCCUUGGAACCUACGGGCUGAUGGAUAUCUCUCCCCAAGAGGAAGCAGCACAGGGACCUUCGGUUGCUGUUGCUGGCUAUAUUUGGGUGGACUUCGGAUUGGGCACAGAUACCGGCGCAAGCAUACGUGGCCCUGAAUCGGUAAUGGGGCUAUUUGCUCUACGCCCGAGUAUUACUGCGUCAGACAUGACCCACAUCAUUUCCAUUUCAAAAUUUCUCGAUACGACUGGAGUGGUCUGCCGUACCGCCAAUGUCUUUCACGCAAUAAGUAAAGGUCUGUACGGACAGACUGUGUAUAUCUUUCCUCCUUCUGCUCAUUAGCUAGCUUCCUCACCUUCAUCAAUACAACAGCUUUUGGCUACACACCUUGUCUUGAUCCGCUUCCCCCUGACUGUCGCUCAGC